AUGAUUAUUUAUCUUUUCGAUUGUAUCGAGCCUUUCCGCAGUUCCCUAUUAUGUAUGCUUCGUCCAUUCGAUAUUGCGCGAUUGCUAUUGGCAGUCCAAUGCAAAGUGACCAACGCUGAGCGAGACCGAUAUAUGAAUAUCUUAGAUGAAAUCUUCGAGGAUUCUUCCCCGAUACUAGCAAUGCAGAAAUCAGGUCUCAGAGUUCGAAUGUUUGGCGCAGAUCUCGUAGCUCUUCAGGACCAGCUAAUGCAUCCCAACACUUGCAUGAACUUCAAAGGCCUUCAGCGUCCAUUACACGUAUUUAUUCUAGUCAAUGAUAUCGUGGAUAGUUUGGCCACACUGGUACGGGAUUACCGCCCUGAUGAAGAACAAGGAUUUGUUCCUGACGGCAUGCCUUUCUCACAACUCCAAGAAAUCUUUGGCGACAAUAUAGCCGACCAAAUAUCUUCCUUCUCACCGUUUAUUCUCUGCGCACCCUACCUCACUGGAUCAAUGCCGGAUGCAGUACCUGGUUGGAUCCCAAUGUUCAAUACUCGACCUUUCAUCAAUGUGUGCGCAUAUAUUUCUACCUACAAUGACUGCAAUGGAAGACUCCUAUUGAUGGACCGAACGCUUAUGGGCCAUGUCUUUGGAUACAACAAUUCUCAAAGCCCGUUUUUGCAUAUAGUCGAUUCGACUGUUCCAUGCUAUAACUACCACCCAGAAGGGUUGUCCUUGGAGCAUUUGAGGGCCGAGUUAUCGUUAAAUACGCUACAAGAUAUUUUCGGGGUAGCGAUGCAGGAACCGAGAAGACCUAACGAUGACUAUCUAGUUGUCAAUACCUUGCACCCACUCAAUGCAUCAAUUACAAUUAGAAUAAAGCAGUGA